GCGAGCUGGAAACAACACAAGUACUUCACAAAACUUCUCUCAGAUCUGUCUUCUCCAGCUUGAAUUCUAACAACUAGUCGCCAUUAGCUAUGGCGAUUAGGGCUUUUCUUCUGUUUCUCAUCUUAUUAGUUUCAUCUUACACGACUUUUGCUCUUUAUGAAGAUCAAGUUGGCCUCAUGGACUGGCAUCAACAGUAUAUUGGAAAAGUGAAAAAGGCAGUGUUCCAGACACACAAGGCCGGUAGGAAACGUGUUGUGGUAUCUACUGAAGAGAAUGUAAUCGCUGCCCUCGAUCUUCGUCACGGCGAGAUUUUUUGGAGGCAGGUUUUGGGAGUCAAUGAUGUCAUUGAUGAAAUCGAUAUCGCCCUCGGAAAAUAUGUUGUCACACUAUCAUCAGGAGGAAGUAUCUUAAGAGCGUGGAACCUUCCUGAUGGCCAGAUGGUGUGGGAGUCAUUCCUUCUUGGAUCAAAUCCCUCGAGAUCAUUGUUGUUGACUCCAGCAAAUUUUGGAGCUGACAAGGACAAUGUGAUUCUGGUUUAUGGAAGUGGUUACCUGCAUGCUGUUUCAAGCAUUGACGGUGACAUUCUCUGGAAGAAGGAUUUGGCACAGAAAGGCAUCGACGUUCAUCAUUUGGUUCAUCUCGAAGAAAGUGGCAUGUUAUAUGCAUUAGGAGUUGGUGAUAGGUCCCAAUUUGAAGCAUAUGUAAUCAAUGUUGGGAAUGGUGAACUGCUGAAGCAUAGUAGCAUGGAAUUUCCUGGUGGAUUUUCUGGUGAUUUGUCAUUAUCUACAAGUGACAAAGCAGUGGCGCUUGAUUCCUCUGGGUCAAUCUUAGUCACUAUAAGCUUUGUUGGUGGAGAAAUUAAAUUUCAGGAGGUCCAUAUUUCCGAUCUUCUUCAGGGUUUUUCAGGAGUAGCAGUAUUAUUACCUUCCAAACUUGCAGGAAUGGUUGCCGUGAAAAUCAAUAGAUCUUUGUUAUUUGUGAAAGUGAAAGAUGAAGGCACACUGGAGGUAGUUGACAGAGUCCCUCAUGUUGAAGCCGUAAGUGAUUCUUUGUCUUUCGCUGAAGGCCAAACCGCUUUUGGGCUGAUUCAGCAAGAUGGUGGUAAAAUUCGUCUCACUGUGAAGUCUAGUGAUGAUUGGAAGACCCAUUUUCUCAAGGAAAGUAUUGAAGUCGACCAACCGAGGGGACUUGUGCACAAGGUCUUCAUCAACAACUAUAUCCGAACAGAUCGAACUUAU